GUGUCUCAGCGGUGGAGGAUGGUGGCAGGAAGUGCAGCGUCUCUGAGCUCUGACACCGACGUUCACAAACACAUGACGCCUGAGUUUCUCUGGGGCAGAGAGCAGAACAGGAAGUAGCGGGGUGUGGCUCCGCCUGUGCCACUCUCUCUUCCUCAUCGUUCGCUCGUCCAGAUUUAGACUGGCUUUUGAUUCCUGGCGGGAAGAACAUCCUGGAUUUUGUGGCGGCAGGAACUGGGCUCGCUGCUGCCUGAUUGGCGUAGUGGUCAGUGGAGCGUGUGCGUGCCUUCCAGGGGGAGGGACGCGUGACUCCAGUCAGAGAGGCCCACCUGAGGCUGAACAUGGCCAGUGAGGACGUCCUGGAGGACCUGCUGGGGGAGCCGGCAGUCGAUCCUCCUGCAGCCACAGAGCAGAGCGACCCAGAGUCGUCAGCAGGGGGUGACCCAGGUGGGCUGUCAGUGCUGCAGCAGCUGGGUCUGGACCAGAACACUGACUUCUCAGACACCAGCGUGCAGCAGAGGCUGGACGAGCACCGCGAGAGGAUCCGCAGGGAGAUCCGCAAGGAGCUGAAGAUCAAGGAGGGGGCCGAGAACCUGCGCAGGGCCACGACCGACAAGAGGAACGCCCACCAGGUGGACUCGCAGCUGCGCAGCUCCAAACGCAAACUGGAGUCUCUGCAGGCUCAGCUGCAGGAGCUGGACGCACACAUCGUGGUCAAAGGUCCAGAGGACCCCAAAGAUGCCCCCAGCUCCCCAGGCUGUGACGGUCGGACGUCGGCCAACCAGCACCGGAUCGCGGCCCUGGAGCGGCAGCUCAACAUCGAGCUGAAGGUCAAACAGGGGGCGGAGAACAUGAUUCCCAUCUACAUGAACGGAGGAACCAAGGUGCCGGGGCUUCAGCUGGUUGACUCCUGGUGGGGGGGCAGGGGGGGGUGA